GCACUUCCCUUGGAAGCCUUUGGGUUCCUGCUACUGGAAAUAGAAACCCGUGCCGGGUGCAGUGGGAAUGGGCUGCGGGAGAAUUCGAGCCGGAAGCUAGACCAAUUGGCACUCCAGCUGUAAGGAAGAAACUUCACUGGGGACAGCUGGAGAGGAGACGGAAGAGAAGCAUUCAAGGACGCACCAUCAUGGAUUCUUUGGCGGAAGCAAAUGGCACCUUUGCCAUAAGCCUUUUGAAAAUUCUGGGUGAAGACAGCUCGAAAAAUGUGUUUCUUUCACCUGUGAGCAUCUCCUCUGCCCUGGCCAUGGUCUUCUUGGGCGCAAAGGCAACCACUGCAGGCCAGAUGGCUCAGGCACUUUCUUUUAAUAAAUGUGGCGGUGAUGGGAGUGAUGUCCACCAGGGCUUCCAGUCGCUGCUUGAUGACAUCAACAGGACAGGCACGAACUACUUGCUGAGAACGGCCAACAGGCUCUUUGGGGAAAAGUCGUAUGACUUUCUCUCAUCUUUUAAAGAUUCCUGCUGUAAAUUCUACCAAGCAGAGAUGGAAGAGCUGGACUUCAGGCACGGGACAGAGGAGUCCAGGAGACACAUAAACUCCUGGGUGGCCAAGAAGACGGAAGAUAAAAUUAAGGAGGUCCUGUCUUCAGACGCAUUGGCUCCAAGCACAGUUCUGGUUCUUGUGAAUGCCAUCUACUUCAAAGGAAACUGGGACAGGCAGUUUGACAAAGCCAAAACCCAUGAGAGGCCAUUUAAAAUCAGCAAGAAUGAGGAGAAACCUGUGCAAAUGAUGUACAAGAAGGCUACUUUUCAAAUGACCUAUAUAGGAGAGAUCUUCACCAAGAUUCUGGUACUUCCCUAUGUCAACAGUGAGCUCAGCAUGAUCAUCAUGCUUCCGGAUGAGCACGUCGACUUGAAAACGGUGGAAAAGGAAAUUACGUAUGAGAAAUUCGUGGAAUGGACAAACCCAGACAAGAUGGACAAAGAAGAGGUGGAUGUUUACCUCCCUCGAUUUAAACUGGAGGAAAAUUACGACAUGAAGAAUGCCCUUUGCCGCAUGGGCAUGACCGAUGUCUUCGAGGGAGCCAAGGCAGACUUAUCUGGAAUGUCCUCUAGUGGAGACCUGGUUCUGUCCAAGGUCAUACACAAGUCCUUUGUGGAGGUCAAUGAAGAGGGCACGGAGGCUGCGGCUGCCACCGCAGCCAUUGCUAUGCUUCGGUGUGUGCGCUUCACCCCCUCCUUCUGUGCUGACCACCCCUUCCUCUUCUUCAUCCAGCACUGCAAGACCAGUACCAUUCUGUUCUGCGGCCGGGUUUCCUGUCCGUGAGGACAGGCCCACUUCGAGCAGCCCUCUUGCACCUCCUUUCCCUGCAACCUGCCCUUCCUUUUCCUCCACCAUGUGCCUGUGACCCAAGUGUCCUUAUCCAUGCAGCCAGACAGCUCAGAAAUAAAGCCCACCGUGGGAACCUUAUCCCA